AUGCGAAAAAGAAUUUUACAAGGCGGCAAUGAUUUCGACAUCACCACCCUCGCUGGACUUGCCGUCCGCCUUCCAGUCGCCGCACAAGCCGGUGACGAAAGCAGCGCCGGCGGCGGCGAUGCCGAUGGCGAAGGCGACCUUGACGCCGGCCAUGUAGGACAUGACGAUGCCGGGGACAUCGGCGGGGUCGAAGACGGUGCGGAUGGCGGUGGCGCCGGUGGCGAUGACGGCGGCGGGGUCGACGGAGGGCGCGGCGGUGGACAACUUGUUGAGGAGUUGGUUGGCGAAGGCGGCUUGGCCGGCGGUGACGCAGGCGGUGCUGCCGAAGUUUUGGAAGACUGGGGUGAUGGACGAAACGUCAGUGGGCUGAGCGCCGCGCUGGCCGACAAUGAUGGGGAUCUGGUAAGCGGCACCCCAGCCGAGGCCGGCGAGGACCUGGAAGCCGAUCCAGCUGCCGGUACCGGAGCCGAUAUCAAGAGUGUAGAUGAGACCGGUUCCGACGGUGGCGACGGCAGCACCGGCAACGAGGACGGGCAUGGCGCGGUUGGUGGCGGAAAUGAAGGCACCAGAGGCGAUCAUGGCAAUGGUAACGGCGACGAUGAGGGGAUGUUGCGAAUGCCCGAGGUGAUGGGCGCGACACCGGCGACGCUCUGGAACGAAGAAGGCGGCGAAGAGGCUACCGAUGCCGACGGAACGAGUCAUGACGAGGCGGGGCACGAUGACGGCGCGCUCACCCAUGCGGGCCUCCCAGACGACGAAGGCGAUGGAGAUGACGAAGAAACCGACGAGGGUGCCGAUGACGACGGAGGAGCUCCAGGGCUCGGUCUGGCCACCCUUUUCGAGAGCGAGCAUGAAGCAGAUGAUGGCGCCCAUGAUGAGGGAAGUGCCGACGACGUCCAUGUGGAGGAACUUUUCGCGCCAAGUCGCGGGCGUGGGCAGGGCGGCGCGCGGGGUGCGGAAGAAGAAGAGGAUGAUGGCGGCGGCGACGCCGCCGAUGGGCAAGUUGAUGUAGAAGCACCAACGCCAGGAGAUGCGGUCGGAGAAGACGCCGCCCAGCAAGGGCCCGCAGACGGAGGCGAUGCCGUAGGACAGGCCGAUGAAGCCGGUGGGCGCGAUGAAGGCGAUGAUGGUGUAGGCGCCCGUACCGAUGCCGGCGGCGCCAAGGCCCGUGAUGGCGCGGCCGAGGAUGAGGACGAUGGGGUUGGGGGCGAGGGCGCAGAUGAGGCUGCCGACUUCGAGGACGAGGACGGAGGCGAGGAAGGUGUACUUGAGGCUGAAGAAGCGGUAGCCUUUGCCCCAGGCGGUUUGGUAGCUGCCGUUGGUCAUGAAGAAGGCGGCGCCGUACCAGGAGACUUUGUCGAUGCCGCCGAACUCGUCGGUGAUUUUGGGGAUGGCGGUGGCGACGAUGGUCUGAGGGGAGAAGACACACGAGAGUUAAUACUAAGGGAUCAAAACGGGAAGGGGAGAAACAAGAAAAAGGGAAAACGUACCAUGUCGAGAGAGGCGAGGAAGAUGCUAAAGAUGAGGGCGAGGAUGGUCGCGACUAAGCGGAAGCCCGUCGGAUACUCUCCCUCGUCCGCGGACGAAGAGGCAGCCGCCGCGGGAGCAACAUUGUUGUCGGAGGCGCUCGCGGCGGAGGAGGAGGCGGCCACGUCCUUUCGAGGAUGGUUUGGUUACGAGGAGGAUAUCAUCCUCGUCUCGUAG